AUGCCGUCCGGCUUGCCCAACAAAUCGGGGUCCGAGGCCGAGCUCUCGGCGGCUGAAAAGAGUGAAAAAACGCCAGAGUUCGCUGUCUUCGAGAACUUGGACCUGGAAUUCAACACCGACCUGGAGACCGUCUCGCCGGGGCCGGGGAAGAGAUUGCUGCUGACAACCAAAGAGGGUGUUCAAAAGAAAUACCUUCCCGGCCAACCACGCUUCCGGUUCGACAGGGAGCAACCUGUCAUCGGUAACCAGAAGCUGGAUCUCCCGACGUACCUUGUCGACAACCACAAUACUCGUGAUCUUGACGGGCUCAUGAAGUUCAUGAAGGUCCUUUUCGUGCAGACUCCGUACUGGAAGCACAUCAACCCGCUGCACCACCAAGCAUCCCAUGCUCGUGCGAUCAAAGUCACGGAAAACCCAGGCCUCCACCUCGUCUGGUACUACGAAUUGAUGUACAUUAAGCCCAUCCCGGCGUAUUUCUACAGCAAGGCCUUCUGGGACUAUCUUAAGGAUCACGACAAGGGUGCCCGCGAUGAGGACAAGAUUCUGGGAGCUUGCCUCGGCUUCAUGCGGACAUAUUAUAUGCUCAUCCAGUACGAAAACGACUACAGGGAAGCCUGCAAAUUGCACAUCAUUCCUCCUAAGAGCGACGGCAGUACCCCAACCUACGAAGAGUGGUGCAACUUCAUCCUCCCAUUCGCCAAAGUCCUCGACAAGGAGACCAACCGCCGUUACCAUUACGGCGAACUCCGGCUCUCUCGCAUCAACCGUGUCGCCUUCUUCUGCAAAUUUAGCCUCGCCUACUUUCACAUCUACCCACAAUGGGGCUCGUUCCUAGAACACACCCUGACACCGGUCAUCACUAUCUUCGCGAUUUUUUCCACUGUGCUCAACUCCAUGCAGGUUGGGCUCGCAGCCCUGGAUUCGAAGGGCCAGAAGGACCAGCCACCGGGCCUGUGGGGCCAGUUCGUCGAGGUAUCCAUAUGGUUUCCCGUGGUUGUGAUGGCUUCGAUCGCUCUUGUACUCUUAUUGGCAACUGCGGGUAUGGCAACUAUGGGCAUUAAGGACUACCUGCGUGGGAGAAAGGUUCGUGCAGCAAAGAAAGCGGGUCAGCCGGUUGAUCCAAAGAGUCAUGGAAUGAUCCGGUAG